GUAUUGCGAAUCCAAAGUCAGCCAGGAAAAUCCGGACAGAGUGUUUACAUGCCAGAGCCUGACUUGUUUCUUGCAUGUUUCCUUCAUGUCAAAUACUAGCAGGCGAUUUUUUUCAAGUUUUGUCUUAAUUUAGUAUUUAUUUUUAUGAUUUUUCGUCUCUCCCGUGUCCUCCCUUGCCGAAAAGUUCAUAGGUCCGAGGAAAUACCCUUUUUCUUCAUGGAUUUCGGGCCCUUGUCAUGAAUCACCAUGGAUCUCAUGACCUUCUUGUCGGUUAUUCUUCUCAUUCACUCGGCUCUUUACUUCACGGAUCAGUUUCUGAAGUCAUGCCUCAACAUUCCGUACAUGUAUUUCCUGGAGAAUGUGGGGCUCACAGUGCGUCCUCUACAGCUCCACUGGUUCACCACGGCGUUUAACAGGGCGGUGACCAAGUGGGCAUCGUGGAGGCCCAGGUUCUUCAAAAUAUGGUUCACAAUUGGAGCAAUGGUAGUUGGCUUACUUCUCUUGCCUUCUAUUUUCCUGUUGAUUAGUGGAUUGAUCAACUACUUACGCCCAGUCGCUGAUCAAUCCGUCCAGGCGUUGCAACCAAUUGUCCCUGGUGUAAACUUACCUAUUCAAGAGUUACCUUAUUAUUUUGCAACUUUACUAGUUGCAUCAAUCAUUCAUGAAGCGGGACAUGCUAUUGCAGCUGUAAAGGAAGAUGUCCAUGUGAACGGCUUUGGAUUUGUCCUUAUGUUCAUCCUUCCAGGAGCAUUUGUUGAUGUCCCAACAGAAGAAAUUCGCACUCUUACCCCUUUCAGACAGCUAAAGAUCCUGUGUGCUGGUGUUUGGCAUAACAUUGUUCUCGUUCUACUUGCUGUGGCACUGGGUCUCUCCGUCCCCUACAUUCUACAACCCCUGUACAUUCAUGGUCGUGGAAUGACUGUUUUGUCAUUGACACAAGACUCCCCCGCCAGAGGUCCCACAGGACUAUCCACAGGAGACGUGAUCACUGCACUCAACAAGUGUCCUGUUAGAAGCAUGGACGACUGGAGGGAGUGUCUUGUGACAAGCAUUAAGUCCGACCAAAUGGGUUUUUGUGUCCCCGAGUCGGUGGUGCAUACAUAUGAUGAGACCAUUCACCAUGAGAUGGACUCUCACCCAAUAUUGAGCUAUUUGCACAAAAUUUUCCUAAAGAAGAGAGCUUUUGAGGGUGCAGAUGGAUCAGUUCAGUGCUGCAGCGGGGACAGUGAAGCUCAUCUGUGUUUCGAACUCCUCGAAGACCGGGAUUCGGACAAGGGUGUGGCAGCCAUGCAGCCAUUCUCAUGCUUGCCUGCACGGAUGGCCAUAUCACUGAGCACAAAGACAUGCAUCAACUCGGUGGCAUGCCCAGCUGACAGCCACUGCUUAGCCCCAUCGCUACGGAAUGCCUCGCGACUCCUGCAGAUUAGCCGACGAGGCCAGAAGGGGGAGCUAAAGGAUGAUGUGCUUUACCUAGGGCCGCCAGCAUACCUCUUCCACACAGUGACCCUAACCAGCUACAUCCCAAAGUUUUCCUUUGUCCCCCUGACAUGGCCUGGCACCCUGGAGACCCUGUGUGAUUACAUGAUCAAGUUUUCAGGUGCUUUAGCCGUCCUGAACAUGGUCCCGGUCUUGCACUUGGAUGGCUAUUGGAUCUUUGGGGCUAUGAUUGAUCUCUUCUUGGCCUCCAGGUGUGACCAAGUGACCAGAAGAAUUGUUCACGUCAUCAUCACAAUAAUGGGGAGUGUUUUACUAUUCUUGAACAUUGUGCUAGGCAUCUGGAGUAUCUUGUAGGGAUGAUAAUAGUGUUCAAUUUAGGCAGAUUACUGUGUGUGUAUAUAUGCUAGGUCCAGUUUUUAUGUGAAGAGUCAGUAUCCGUCUCAAGAAAGAUAAAGAAAAGCUCUCUAGUUCCCAGUUCUUUAACCAAAAAUAUGUACUUUGGUUCUGCCUUUGUGUGUUGAGUUAACAUUAGUUAUGGAUUAUAGAAACUCAAAAAACACAUACUCUUAAUGUACAAAUGCAUCUGUGUAUCACCUGACAAAAGUUGUGUAAACUGUGUUAUUUUCAGUAAGUAUUUGAGAAUUUGCAAGUGAAAAAGAUAUGAUUCAUGAGUGAUGAGCUUGUUAGUUGGUGUGUUUAAAUACAAACUAUUAAGCUUAUGGGUAGGUAGCAGAACAUGAUUGUGUGCCUUUUUUUCUGCAGCACAAUUUGUUAUUUUUUCUCUCUUUUCUGUUAUCGGAAUAAUUGAAAUGAAAAUACUAGAAUGAUAAUAUUGCUGCUGCUAAUAUUGAAAUUUCAAAUAAUGGUCAUAAUUAUGUAUGAUUAUGUUUUUGUAAUAUGGUGAUUAUACUCCUGAUAUCCAUGAGUAAACACAAAAUAUAACUUA